CCGGCGUUCGGAAAAUUUGAGACCCCAAGCGGACGACGCAACGACCACCCACCACCACCACCACCGCCGCCCUAAAUUCCGGCAAUUUCAAACGGGCCCCUCGCCGCCGGCGAGCUGCGGGGCCGAUCCUGAGGGCAGGAGGUCGUGGCGGAGGUGUUACGACGCGGCCGGCGGCCGUGAGGUGGCGGGGACGGCAGUCGCCGUCGCUCCGGCGAGCGGCGGCGGAGGGAGGAGGAGGAGGAGGAGAUGGGGAACUCGCUUGGGUGCUCCGCCUCCGGGGAGAGGCUGGUGUCGGCGGCGCGCGACGGGGACGCCGUGGAGGCGCGCAUGCUGCUGGAGCUCAGCCCGGCGCUGGCGCGCUACUCCACCUUCGGCGGCCUCAACUCCCCGCUCCACUUCGCCGCCGCUAAGGGCCACCUCGACAUUGUGACACUGUUGCUGGAGAAGGGUGCGGAUGUGAACGCGCGGAACUACUGUGGGCAGACUGCGUUGAUGCAUGCGUGCCGGCAUGGCCACUGGGAGGUGGUUCAGAUGCUUCUUCUCUUCAGAUGCAAUGUUACCAGGGCAGAUUACUUGAGUGGUCGAACAGCAUUACAUUUUGCAGCACACGAUGGACUUGUUCGGUGUGUUCGUCUUUUACUUGCGGACUUUGUCCCAAGUGCUCCCUUGGAGGAUGGUGUUUCUUCGAUGGUCGAUGGCAGUGACUGUCAGACGAAUAGUGGGAGCAGUCCUUCUUCUUCUUUGGGACUGAAGUUUAAUGAAUCUGCCCGUCUGAGGUUUAUCAACAAACCUGCUGAUGGCGGUGUUACAGCACUUCAUAUGGCAGCUUUGAAUGGUCAUUUUGAUUGCAUGCAAUUGUUGAUUGACUUAGGUGCAAAUGUCUCAGCUGUCACAUUUCCCUAUGGCACUACGGCAAACUUGAUAGGAGCUGGCAGUACUCCUUUGCAUUAUGCAGCUGGUGGGGGGAAUAUGGAGUGUUGCCAGUUACUUCUAUCGAAAGGUGCUAGCAAGCUGACACUCAAUUGUAAUGGGUGGCUUCCCAUCGAUGUUGCUAGGAUGUUUGGACGGCGUUUCCUGGAGCCAUUACUUUCUCCAAAUUCAAACUCGAGUAUACCUGUAUAUCAACCAUCUAGUUAUCUUGCCUUGCCACUCAUGAGCAUACUUAGUAUAGCCAGAGAAUUUGGGUUGCAGCACACCAUACCCUCUGUGGAUGAUAGUGAUCUUUGUGCAGUUUGCCUUGAAAGGUCAAACUCUGUAGCUGCUGAAGGCUGUUGUCAUGAGUUCUGCAUCAAAUGCGCUCUUUAUCUUUGCUCUACCAGCAACACCCGUGUCGAGUUCACUGGCCCGCCUGGAUCGAUUCCGUGCCCUCUUUGUCGGAAUGGAAUAAUGUCAUUCACCAAGUUGCCAAGCACGCCAACCGGACUUAAAUCUAGCUCAGCACUCACAUUCUGCAAUCCAUGCAUGCUAAACACCGGAUCUGUAGACUCGCCAGCAACCGUCAGCAAAGCGGAAAUAAGGCGCAAUCGUGUUGCUGCUGUCUCUUCAGAGCUAGUCUGCCCACUCACCUGCAGCCCGUUUCCAUCUUCCGCACUCCCGACCUGCAGGUGCAGCGAUGCUGAUCCGUGUGGUGCCACAGAAACACAGGACGGUUCCGAGGUGCAAUCUCCUCAGCCAUCGCACUGCGCAAGUAUGGAGAUGGACAAGAGGGAACAGCAGGAUCUUGACCGGACCAGCUGCUCAGGCAUGUUCUGGAGUAGAAGAAGCUGCCACAGGGAGGAGCAGUGUAAUGCAGAGAUCAAUGCUUGAUUCUUUCUUCUUUUUUGGUUGUGAAUAUAUUUGGAUUCACAGCAGCUCUAUGUAGGAGAUGAGCAGCGGCUACUUUUUUUUCCACCCCAACUGCGUUUCUUUCUCAGUUUGCAGCCAAGAUUUUCUUGAUUGGUGUAUCCUGCAGCUUUGGCUGCUGUAGUUUUUACCCUACUGUAGCGUUUUGAUUACAGGUGUGAUUGUGCCUAUCAUUCUAGAUAGCCCCAAAAUCUCCAGUUACUCUCUCUUUGUAGCUGUAUGUAAAUUACAGGAGUUUGUUGGGAUUGUUUUCUGAUAAAAAGAUGGUAAAAAACUAUGUACAAUGGCAUCAGUCAAUAAUCCUCUGAAAUCUUGCUGAUGGUACUGUAUAGA